AUGUUGUUAUCUCUGCGAGGGGCAUUGCUUACGGCAGUCGCGCUGUUCUCAGUCAACAGCGUCGCACUGGGGCCUCCUGCACCAAAGGGCCUCAAAUUCCGCGGGCGUGCAGAGCAGUUUGAGGCGCAGCUUGAAGCCGCGAAACAGCUCCGACCGGUCCAGCGUCGCUCCGAGGGCGGCGGUCCUGGCACAGUGCAGAACAUCACUUUCACGAACCCUCUCGCGUCCGAAUUUUAUGUGGACGGAUCCACUAUUCCGUUGGUGAACUGGGAUGCUGGACCCAGCUGGGCGGGGCUGCUCCCGAUCAGUAGCGAUCCAGACGAGACACGAAAGCUCUUCUUCUGGUUCUUCCCUCCUGGGCCCGAGGGAAGCCUGGACGACCUCAUCUUAUGGCUGAAUGGGGGACCUGGCUGUUCGUCCAUGGAUGGGCUGCUACAGGAGAACGGCCCAAUCAGCUGGCAGGCUGGCGAAGCAUAUCCUACCCCAAAUGAAUACAGCUGGACCAAUCUGUCUAGCAUACUCUGGGUCGACCAGCCUGUGGGAACUGGGUACUCCGUCGGUACCCCCGACGUUACGAACGAAGAUGAAGUUGCUGCGCAGCUCGUUGGUUUCUUCCAACAAUUCCUCGAAGUCUUCUCUGAGCUCAAGGGGAAGAACUUUUACUUAAGUGGGGAGAGUUAUGCCGGGAUGUAUGUUCCCUGUGAGUUCCCGUAG